AUGCUGACGUGCCUGCCAGGGAAAGAGGCGGAAGGGCGGAAGAGAGCUAGAGAGCUGGAGAAGCUGAGGUUAGAAGCCGAAAGGCUGAAGAUAGAGGCUGAAGAGAAGGACAAAGAGCGACAGAUAGAGAUAGAGAAGUUGAAGUUUGAAGCGGAAAGGCUGAAGGUGGAAAAUGAAGAGAAGGAGAGGAAACGACAGAUCGAGAUGGAGAAGUUGAAGCUGGAAUCCGAGGAGAGAGAGAAGGCGAGGGAAGCGGCAGAGCGAGAGAAGGAGGCAGAAAGAAAACAUCAGCUGGAAAUGAAGAAGUUAGAGGCGGAGAUGGCCGCUGUGGGACCGCCGACAGCGGAGCAGGCCACGGCAAAGGCACCGAGGCUGCCAGCCUUUGUGGAUGAAAAGGAUGACCUGGAUGCGUACCUGUUAAGGUUUGAGAUAUUUGCGGCCUCCAGCCAAUGGGCCGAGGACAAAUGGGCCGCCCAUUUAAGUGCGCUGUUGACUGGUAGAGCCCUCGAAGUAUACUCAAGACUCCCAGAGGACGAGGCACGGAGCUACACAGCGGUAAAACAGGCCUUGCUAAAAAGAUAUAAUCUUACGGAAGAAGGCUUUCGGGCCAAAUUCCGGCAGAACAAGGCAGAAGAGGGGGAAAGCCCGCAACAGUUUAUCGUGAGGCUCACCAGCUACGUAUACCUUGAGCGGUGGGUGGAGUUAGCGGAAUCGUCCAAGAGCUACGAGGGCCUCAGGGAUCUGUUCGUAAAAGAACAGUUUCUGGAGGCAUGCCCACGAGACCUGGCAGUACGUCUUCGGGAGCAGGGUCCGUCUUCGUUGGACGAACUGGCCGGGAUGGCCCAACAUUACUUGGAGGCCCACGAGAGAGAGCUUGGCAAGAAGGAGGAGGAGAAGGAGACAAUACCUGUCCGCAACCGUACCCAGCUCGGGACGGCGAGUGGGAUAGCUACGUGUUACACCUGCGGUGACCCCAGCCACUUUGCAAGGGACUGCCCGGUGUCUAAGGAGGCGCGACCCACUGGGGCUAGCUCCAUCUUCACUAGUACUGGAGGGAAGGCCGGGCAACAGGCAACCUUCAUCGUCGCAGGCCAGGUGGAGGGAAAGAAGGUCCCUCUGUUGCUGGACACUGGGAGCACCCAGACGUUAAUCCGAGAAGACCUGGUGGAUGCGGGGAAAAUCGCAGAAGAUCAAGAAAUCACGGAGAAGCCUCGACUGCUGGACUGCUCGACUGCUGCUCCCCCAGAGAACUGA